AUGGUAUUCCCAGUUUUACCAAGGUACACUUCUGAUCCAAUUCAAGUUAUCAGUGAAAGACCAUUUUUAUUGAUUACUGGUCAAGCUUUGAUCGAUGCAAAUAAGGUUAAGAAAGAUGAAAUUAUCGAAUUUAUUCGUAAAUAUGGUGGCUAUUUGAAAUUCACAGCAGUUUAUGUUGAGUCUGAUGAGUUAUUAAGUGGUGACGAUAUCGUAGAUUUGUUGAAUAAUGGUGUUACAAAUAUUUUCACUUCUAAUGCUAGUUUUCAUCAAUUUUUAAUCAAUGAGUACAAUAUCCCUCAAAAUAGAGUUGUAGUAAGUGCUGAUGGUACUUAUACUGUUAAGGUUGGGAUUGUAGAUACUUUCACUGAUGGACGUAUCGUUAAUAUUGAAGAUUUAGAUGCUCAAUCCAUUUCCAAGAGCUUAAUUUCUUCCCUAAAGACCGACAGACCUGAUCGUUUAUUUCCUACUUUGGUGGUAGAUACUGCUGAACGUUGUUUAGGUUUAGUAUAUUCUUCACAAGAAUCAAUCCAGUUAGCUAUCGAGAGACAAGUAGGUGUAUAUUUCUCUCGUUCACGUAAUCAGAUUUGGGUAAAAGGUGAAACUUCAGGUAAUACUCAAAAAUUGAUUAAUAUUCAGUUGGAUUGCGACGGUGAUGCAUUGAAAUAUGUAGUAAUACAAGGAGGUGCCCAAUCAAGUUUCUGUCACUUGAAUACUGAAUCAUGCUUCGGCCAGUUGAAAUAUGGUUUAACUAGUUUAGAAACUUUUAUUAAUCAAAGGAAGUUAAACGCUCCUGCUGAAUCUUACACCAAAAGAUUAUUCAAUGAUUCUAAAUUGUUAAAUGCUAAAAUUAAGGAAGAAGCUGAAGAAUUGACGGAAGCACAAUCAAAAGAUGAAGUUGCAUGGGAAGCUGCCGAUUUACUCUACUUCACUAUCACUAAAUUGGUAGCAGAAGGUGUUACAUUGCAAGACGUCGAGAAUAACUUGGAAUUAAAGCACCUGAAGGUAACAAGAAGAAAGGGUGAUGCCAAGCCUAAAUUCAUUGAAGAUGACAGCAAAAGCUCAAUCUCUGAACCAAAAGAAAUCAACUCCACUGAAGAUAAACCUAUUCACUUAAAGGUGAUAAGUUCCAAGGAUAAGACCGCAGUAGAAGUUGCAGUUUCCAGACCAAUUCAGAAAACAUCUGAAAUAAUGCACUUAGUCAAUCCAAUUGUCGAGAACGUCAAAAAUAAAGGUGACAAAGCUUUGAUAGAUUAUACAGCUAAGUUUGACGGCGUACAACUUACAGCCUCUGUUCUUGAAGCUCCAUUCCCAGAAGAAUAUUUUGAAGGUCUAACUGAAGAAAUGAAACAAUCUUUAGACUUAUCAAUGGAAAAUGUUAGAAAGUUCCACAGUGCUCAAUUACAAAAAGAAACAAUGGUUGUUGAGACACAACCUGGUGUUGUAUGCUCAAGAUUCUCUAGACCUAUUGAGAAGGUUGGUUUAUAUAUCCCUGGUGGUACUGCAAUUUUGCCAAGUACAGCAUUAAUGCUUGGUGUUCCAGCGCAAGUUGCUGGCUGUAAAGAUAUUGUCUUUGCGUCACCACCUCGUAAAUCAGAUGGUAAAGUUUCUCCAGAAGUAGUAUAUGUUGCUUCUAAAGUAGGUGCAUCAAAGAUUGUAUUGGCAGGUGGUGCUCAAGCGGUUGCUGCCAUGGCUUAUGGUACUGAAACUGUCCCAAAGGUUGAUAAAAUUUUGGGUCCUGGUAACCAAUUUGUUACAGCCGCAAAAAUGUAUGUCCAAAACGAUACCCAGGCCUUGUGUUCAAUUGACAUGCCAGCUGGACCAAGUGAAGUAUUAGUUAUUUGUGAUGAAAACGCUGACGUCGAUUUUGUUGCCAGUGACCUGCUAUCACAAGCUGAGCAUGGUACUGACUCCCAGGUCAUUUUAGUGGGUGUGAACUUGUCUGAUGAGAAGAUACAACAGAUACAAAAUGCUGUCCACAACCAAGCGAUGGAACUACCUCGUGUAGAUAUUGUAAGAAAGUGUAUAGCACACAGUUCUAUUAUUAAUUCGGAUUCAUAUGAUGAAGCUUUUGAAGUUUCCAACAAAUAUGCACCAGAACAUUUAAUUUUACAAAUUGAGGAUGCACAGAGCUAUAUCAACCAAGUCGACCACGCAGGUAGUGUAUUUGUUGGUGCUUACACUCCAGAAUCAUGUGGUGAUUACUCCAGUGGUACUAACCACACUUUACCAACCUACGGUUAUGCUAGGCAAUACAGUGGUGUUAACACUUCAACUUUCCAAAAAUUUAUUACUGCUCAAAAGAUCUCUCCAGAAGGUUUGAAAAGCAUCGGCAAAGCUGUUAUGUGUGUUGCCAAAGUUGAAGGUCUAGAUGGUCAUAGAAAUGCAGUCAAAAUUAGAAUGCAAAAAUUGGGCCAAAUUCCUCAAGGAUUUAUCUAA